AUGAAAAAAAUAUUAAUAGUCUCCGGUCUCGCGGGAUCAUAGAAAUAAGAAGUUGUCCAAGUCUUAAGCUAAUAGAUGAAAACUAAGGUCCUCCCUGCAGAUUCUUUGCAAGUAGCUCAUCGUAAACUUUAAAAAGGUUUAUAAAAAUUGGCCAAUAUCCACCCACUGGCCAAAGCAUCUGUCAAAUUAUGAAUUGAUAGGCAAGUACGAUGGAUUAACCAAUUUCGUUACUAGCUUUUAAUUUAAGAGGGAAGUCUUGAAAUUCCUUCAAAAUAUUGAUAAUCCCAUUAUUGAAGGCGGAUGUUGCUUCUUUAUUAAUUAAGUAUUAAAAUCGAGACAUGAAUAAUUCAGCGAAGAACAAAUUCAAAUGGCUGAUCAAAAGGCUAAACAAAUCCUCCUCAAUUGUUCUGAUCCUCAAACUCUCUUGAAGCAACUUUGUAACAAAUAUAACGAAUCUCCACCAAUUAUAGAUAAGUAUCGCUUAAUAAGGGCAGUCCGCUUUGCUCUGCUUACAGAUGGUAAACAAUAUCAGUCGCCUUUUAAACAUGAUGAACCUAAAUUAUGUGAGAUUCUGGAUGUUAGAGGGUUCUUUCUAAGUGAACCCUAAGAAAACAUAUGUUAAAUAAUUUAUGAAAGGUAUUCAAUACAUGAAACAAAAGGUGCAAUGAAAUGCUUUAAUAAGGAAUUCUGAGAGAAUUUUAUGCAUUUUAUAAAAUAAAGCAAAUUGGCAACCUUAGUUAAUUAAGAUUUUGCACACCCAUAGGAUAUGAUCUCUUUGUGGAAUUGAUCAGCAAUUUGACUGUGAUUAAUGCGAAUCCCAGUUACUCUCAAUCAAAAAAGGAAAGUUUAAAGAGAGAAAGAGUUAAAAGUUUCAUAGAGAAAUUCUACAUUAAAUGGAGAUAAUACACAUCUUAUUAGAGAAGAUACGUUAGAUCAAAUUUCAAUGAAUUUAUGUGGAUAGAUAAUCGACGAAGUAAUAUAACAGAGUUGAUAUCCUAAUACUCUUCAUGUGAGAGACAAGAUUACACUAGUUAGUUAAGUUGUAUUGACAGCGUGGCUUUGAAAAUAGACAAGCAUCCUGAAUCAAUGGGGAGGUUGAUGAAAAUUGAACCCUCGCCAGAAAUGUAAGAAUUGGUGUUGGAGACUAUGUAAACUAUGAUUUGA